GAAAGCCCUAAUCCCUACAAAGUCCUUCCUCGCACACUACGGUUUCAGUCGAUCACAGAGCCUUGGGUAUUGAUUUCUCCGUCUUACGAUUUUCACAGCACCAUAACUCUCCGGUGUCAAGAAAGAAAUAGACUCUUUACCCCUUAGAGUAUCGGCAAGGUCUGCUUACAUCCUUCCCCCUAGACUUUAUCUCUGCAUGAGAUUUACUCGCUCAAUAGCGGUGCAAUAGCGGUUAUCGAUCAUAAGCAAAAUAGCGGUGGAAAUUGCGGUUUCGAUAAUAGCGGCACAAUUUACCGCUAUUUCACUGAUAUUUGAGUAAUACAAAAUGGGGCAAGAUCAAAGCAAGGCUGUUGAUUCCCCUGCAGAUCCAAAAACAGAGGAGUCAUCUUCUCCAUCUGCGCAUAAUUCUCCACCUUCAAUGGAAUCUUUACUUGCCGAAGCCACAGCAUUUGGCAACGAAGAUGCAAAUGCAUCUUUAGAAGCCAAAGCCCAGAAAGCAUUAGAAUGCCCUUGUAUUCAAAACCUUAGGAGUGGCCCCUGUGGGUCCCAGUUUUCAGCGGCUUUUUUAUGUUUCCUUAAGAGUACUGCGGAAGAGAAAGGCUCGGAUUGUGUGCAACCGUUCGUGGCAUUGCAGAGCUGCAUCCAGACCAAUCCCAAUGCGUUCCCGAAAGAGGUAUUGGAAAACGAUGAAGCGGAGACACAGGAGAAGCCAUCGGAAGAUUAUAAAAUCAUUCCUCCUCGAUGGGCGGUUGAACCCACGACGAGUCCAAAAACUAAGCUUUAGUAAGAUCUCUUUUUACUCAUGCUUUUUGCAGCUCAUUCAUUAUUUGCAAUCUUGGAAAACCUUUUGCUUUUUGAAGCGAUGUAGUUAAGGAAUACAUGUAGGUGGGGCAUUGAGAAAUAGACAUAGGAAAUCAUGGGGUUCAGUUUCUUGUACUCAUUUUCUUGGUAAUUUGCUUGCUCCAUUUCUUUUUCUA